GGGAGGGGCCGCAGCCACGCGCCCGCGCGCCCACCCCGCCCCUGCCCGCAGCGCGGCCCCGCCAGCCGGGAGUUCCCGCGAGUUGCCCCGCGCCCCAGCCGCGUGGGGGGCCGUUCGGUUGGAGGCGGGGAGCAGCCGGGGCACCAAAAUAGGAGCCGCUUGUGGGCUGGAGCUGCACUAGCAGGCAGCCUCCGCCGCGCCUCUUCCAAAGAUGGUCAGAGGGUCCGGAGGCGCCCCCGCCCCCGCUCGCCACUAGCCCGCGGGUCCGCAGCGCGACCGGGAGCCGCCGCCGGAGCCAUGGCUCUAAAAGGACAUGAAGAUUAUAUUUACCUUUUCAAGGAUUCGACGCAUCCAGUGGAUUUUCUGGAUGCAUUCAAAACAUUUUACUUGGAUGGAUUAUUUACUGAUAUUACCCUUCAGUGUCCUUCAGGCAUAAUCUUCCAUUGUCACCGAGCUGUUUUAGCUGCUUGCAGCAAUUAUUUUAAAGCAAUGUUCACAGCUGACAUGAAAGAAAAAUUUAAAAAUAAAAUAAAAAUCUCUGGCAUCCACCAUGAUAUCUUGGAAGGCCUUGUAAAUUAUGCGUACACGUCCCAAAUUGAGAUAACUAAAAGAAAUGUUCAAAGCCUGCUUGAAGCAGCAGAUCUGCUACAGUUCCUUUCGGUAAAGAAAGCAUGUGAGCAGUUUUUGGUAAGGCACUUGGAUAUUGAUAAUUGUAUUGGAAUGCACUCCUUUGCAGAAUUUCACGUGUGUCCAGAACUAGAGAAGGAAUCUCGAAGAAUUCUAUGCUCAAGGUUUAAGGAAGUAUGGCAACAAGAAGAAUUUCUGGAAAUCAGCCUUGAAAAGUUUCUCUUUAUCUUGUCCAGAAAGAAUCUCAGUGUUUGGAAAGAAGAAGCUGUCAUAGAGCCAGUUAUCAAGUGGACUGCUCAUGAUGUAGAAAAUCGAAUUGAAUGCCUGUAUAAUCUACUAAGCUAUAUCAACAUAGAUAUAGAUCCAGUGUAUUUAAAAACAGCUUUGGGCCUUCAAAGAAGCUGCCUGUUAACUGAAAAUAAGAUCCGAUCUCUCAUAUACAAUGCUUUGAAUCCCAUGCAUAAAGAGAUUUCUCAGAGGUCCACAGCCACAAUGUAUAUCAUUGGAGGCUAUUACUGGCAUCCUUUAUCAGAGGUGCACGUAUGGGAUCCUUUGACAAAUGUUUGGAUCCAGGGAGCAGAAAUACCAGAUUACACUAGGGAGAGCUAUGGUGUUACAUGUUUGGGACCCAAUAUUUAUGUAACCGGGGGUUACAGAACGGAUAACAUAGAAGCUCUUGACACAGUGUGGAUCUAUAACAGUGAAAGUGAUGAAUGGACAGAAGGUUUGCCAAUGCUCAAUGCCAGGUAUUAUCACUGUGCAGUCACCUUGGGUGGCUGUGUCUAUGCUUUAGGUGGUUACAGAAAAGGGGCUCCAGCAGAAGAGGCCGAGUUCUAUGAUCCACUAAAAGAGAAAUGGAUUCCUAUUGCAAACAUGAUUAAAGGCGUGGGAAAUGCUACUGCCUGUGUCUUACAUGAAGUUAUCUACGUCAUCGGCGGCCACUGCGGAUACAGAGGAAGCUGCACCUAUGACAAGGUCCAGAGCUACAAUUCAGACAUCAAUGAAUGGAGCCUCGUCACCUCCAGUCCACAUCCAGAAUAUGGAUUGUGUUCAGUUCCAUUUGAAAAUAAGCUCUAUCUAGUUGGUGGACAAACUACAAUCACAGAAUGCUAUGACCCUGAACAGAAUGAAUGGAGAGAGAUCGCUCCCAUGAUGGAAAGGAGAAUGGAGUGUGGUGCCGUCAUCAUGAAUGGAUGUAUUUAUGUCACUGGGGGGUAUUCCUACUCAAAGGGGACAUAUCUUCAGAGCAUUGAGAAAUAUGAUCCAGAUCUUAAUAAGUGGGAAAUCGUGGGUAAUCUUCCAAGUGCCAUGCGGUCCCACGGGUGUGUUUGUGUGUAUAAUGUUUGAUUAAGUCCAUAGAAAUGACCAAGUAAUCACUGUUUCAGGGUGUAGUGAAAAACAAUGUAGGGUUUGGAGUGUCUUACUUGUUAUUGUGGCCUGGCACACGUUAGGUAAAUUCUCAUGCCUAACCCCCACUCUGCACCCCAAGCCUGUGAUUAAUGGUCAAGAAACAUCUUAUGUAUAUUUACAGUUGAAUCAGUGGGGUUACUACCUUUAAUCUCUGCUCAUCAAAGGUGAUCUGGAACGCUGGACACUUGGUAAAAGGUGAAGCGUCUUUGCAGUGAAUUUUUUUCUCCUGGUAGCAUCAACACUGGGUGUAGGUCAAAAUCAUUCUGUGGAGUGAAAUAUUUCUUAUGACAGUGUAAUAGUGUACAUUAAUGUAAUGUAAUAGUGUACAUUAAGGUUCCAUUUAGCUAACAAGGGAUUUGAAAUAUAAAGAGGGAAGAUUCUCUACCUCUACAAAAUCAAUACUUAAAAUUUUUUUUCAACCUUAGAAUUAUUUAGAAUGGACUUAAGUCUAGUGUUUUUCCUUUGUAGUGUGUAUUAUUUAUAGUUAUGAUUCUUUAUUUACUGACUACCAGAGAUAUACAAGAUGUUGUGCAAAAGAUUAUUACUAUUCAGAGUUUACAAACUAAAUUUAAAAGAAUGGAAAAUCUGAAAAAUUGCAGAGGAAAGAGUUGAAUAUUUGUUGAUCCUAAGAGCUAUUUUUAAUUUUCAGCUUUGAUGUAAAUUGCUAGUUUAGGUGUCUUUAAGCAUAUCAGAAAAUCCUCUUUAUUCAUAAGUAUAGGUACCUGUCUGCAUGUGAAAUUGAAAUUUAGAGCCAGAAAGCAUGUAGAACAUUGUGACAUAGUAGAAAAUACACUGAUGAGAAGAAAUUUGAAUUCAUUUUCCACUAACUAGAUUUUGUGACUUGGAUUGAGUCACCUAACCUCAGUUAGAACUUCCCUUCCCAUGUACACUGGCUCUUUGGGUGAUAGAUGUGCCUAGAUAUGGAUCCCCACAGCUCUUGGAGUAGCCAGAGGUGGCCUGGGUGGCUGAAGCUUCGAGGCCAGAAACAUCUUUGUCCAUUUUCUCCAGUGUGCCUACCAUAUCACUUUCCAUGUGUGCCGUAACUUGAGAAAAGUUAAGAAGCGUAGCUUAAGUUAACUCAUCUAAACUUUUAGUAAUCUGUUAGAUCAUCUACCCACACUCUUCAUUUAUUAAGAGACAAAAAUUAUUUUUAACUUUAAGUAAGUGUAAAACUACCUAAUUUUUCUGAGUUAUUUUUAAAUUUUAGAAAGAACCUGUUUAGUACAUUCGUUUAAGAAGGCAUUUUAAACAGAUACAACCCUUUGGGAACACAAUAUGGCACUACAUAGAAAGCCAUAAAAAUGACCGUAUUUUUUCCUCAUAUAUUCUACUCCUUGAUUUGUAACCUAAAGAAUAACAUACAAACAAAACAAACAAACAAAAAGGUAAAUGCAUGAGGUUGUUUAUGUCUGCAUUAUUUACAAUAGCGAAAAAUUGGAAAUAAUCUAAAUGGCAAAGAAGAAAGUGGGCUAAUAAAAAGAGUGAAGCCUUAUACUGCCAUUAAAAAAUUGUUUGGAAGACUGUAGAAACAUGGGCAUGUCUGUGAUAUGGUAAGUAAAAUACGCACAAUAUAAAAUGGUAUGAACACUAUCAUUGUGUCUGUAAAAUCUUUAUGCAUGUGGAAAGUAAUAUGCAGAAGUGAAAUUCAUUGUGUUAGUGUAGGGGGAUAUGGAAUGAUUUUUAAAUUAUUUAAAUGUUUUCCUUUAAUAUUACUUUGUAUUUUCAAUAAAAAUAAAUAAAUCACUGCAUACGUGGUAAAGCUGCUUGAAUUUGGGCCAGUUGAACUGAAGGACAAUUGAGUUUCUGAAUUAGUGAAACAACUGAAUUACAGAGUAUUUCAAUCUGUACUUGAAUUACAGGAUAUUUUAUUGCUCUCAAGAACAUUUGCAUUUAAUGCUGAACCAGUAAUAUGUUAUCCAGUAGGGCUUUAGAGAUCUCUUUUAUGAAUGGAUGAGAACAAUUGCAAUCACUUU